ACAAAGUUUUUAAAAACUGCUUCAAGUCCGCGGCGUGCGCAUGCGUCGUUCGUAACAAUGUGUUGUUUUAUACAAUAAUUAUUCGUUAUAUUUACUAUCCAAGUGCUGUGUUAAAAAAUUGUUGAUAUCUUUGGAUUUUUUUCGCUCAGCUUAAAAAGAGUUGUGUGAUUACCAUCUACUGGUUCGAAUGAUCUGAAUACUAGGGCACCAUGAUGUACGAGUGUUUUCUUGAAAUAGGUUUUGAGGCGGAGUUAAAUACAAAAGAGGACCCCGAAUUGUUGGAAAUUGCACCAAAAAUAUGCAACGAGAAUGCAAGUACCCGAGAAACAGCCAUAACGGAGUUAAGAAAAAUGAUAUUUGAUCGAGCAGAGUGUGAACCAGUCCGGACUGACGAUGCGUUUCUGCUGCGCUUCCUACGAGCUAGAAAUUUCAUUGUACCAAGAGCUCAUAAACUUCUAGUCCGCUACUGCACAUUUCGUGAGCAGUACCCCUAUUUGUACAAGGAUGUCGACUUGUGGGGGCUGAUGAGGGUGGGCGAGGUGUUUGGAUGCUGCAUACUGGACCGACCAGAUAUUGGAAGACUAUCGAUGCUGAAAUUUGGUAUGUGGGAUCCUUCAGAAUAUCCAGUGGAAGACUUAGUUAGAACUGGGCUGGUAUUUGCAGAAAUUGGCAUCCGGCAGCCGAAGAUGCAGGUUCUUGGUGGUACCGUCAUCGUGGACCUGCAGGGCCUCAGCUUGCGGCAGGUGUCAGCCCUGACGCCCACCCUUGCCUACCAAAUUGUAGCCAUCAUGGGGAGUGCAAUACCUGCCCGCAUGAACUCUUGCCAUAUCAUCAACUACAACUGGCUCCUCAACACUUUCUUCUACGUGUUCAAGAAGUUCAUCCCCCGGCACGCAUGGGACAGGAUCCAUUUCCACGGCUCUGACUUGAAAUCCCUCCACAAACAUAUCGACCCAGAGUGCCUCCCUCCCCAGUACGGAGGCACCUGUAGGAACUACGUAACGGGUACGAAAUGGCUGAAGAAGAUUAAGAAAUACCGAGAUGAGCAGUUCGAUAGGGAAAUGAAGCAACUGGGAUAUAUAAUUAAGGAAUAGUGGUAUAAAUACAUCGCGGUAAAUUCAUUUUUUCUUGGUGUGUUUUCAAUAUUUUGCAGUAAUGGUUUUAUAGAUAUAAAUAUAUCCAGAUAGAUAAGAAAUAAAUAAACUUUGGUGCAGACAGACUAAUACAAUGUCCUAAAUAUUUUUUUAUAUUUUUGUUAAUAUCUACUAUCUAGUCUUAGUAAUAUUUUAAUACGUGAUAGUAGAAUAGCGGUCAAAUGCCUUAAGGGGUACAUGUAGGUUUUUAGGCAAAAUAUACCAUACAUUCCUUAGAUUAAUGAUAAUUUACACUGCUGUUACAUAUAUAAAAUUGUAAAUAAACUUGACGGUAGAAGCUAAACCCAGUUAACGCCCUGAAUACGGAGAAGAUUCGUUAAUUAUUGAGUUAUGUUUGUUAUGUUAAAGACUGUUUUUAAGUAUUAAAUUUAAUUAUUUAUCGGUAUCUAAAGGAGAGAAUCAUGAUGUUGACAAAUUGAGGAACUGAUUAUAUGAUAUUAUUCAAGUGUUUUUUAUGAUCCUACCCUAUAAAAAGAAAUUUUUAAUCUAAUCAAAUGUAUUUAUUUGAUAAAUGAUUUAGAAAUUAGCUAUAGAAUUAAGGGUGCUUACAAAUGCUCAAGUUUAAAGUAAGCUUUUAGUUAAUUCAAACGUGGUUGUGUUUAAUUAUGUGUACAUAUAAAUAUAUUAAGUACUUCUAUGUGAUGUGUCGAUAACCGUUUUAUAUCCAUUGUGAAAUGAUUUUUAUUUAAUCAAACCUUGCAAGCUGCUUUUAAUAAAUUGAAUUGCAAAAUUCAUCAUGUCAAAAUUUAUGCUCCAAACCCAGUGACGUACAAUUAGCAUCUAUGCUCUCGCCGAACUAAAACUCUGCCUCCACGUGUGUUAGGCAGAGUUUUCUAAUGAGCGAUACAAUUGACUAUGAAACAUGCCUACCUCGAAAUAAGGUGUUAAUUUCAAUUAAGGUAUUGUAUAUCGCCGCUCGGAUAUAUUAUGACAACCUUUUACUUGGCGAUUGUGGAACUAUUUGUUUGUUGUAUGUCAAUGGUUAUAACAAAAAUAUAUAAAGCUACCAAGUAUGUAUGAAUGAAAAUUAAUCAUCUUAAAAUCUAGUUUUUCUCAUUUAUAAUUACUUGCAUUCAAUUUGAUACGAUCAAAUGAUAUUUAUUAAAGUAGUAAGACCUUAUUUUAAUACGAAACAAUUGACCAAAGACAAAUUGAAUGUUCUUUUCUAAUUUUCUAGUGUUGAACUAGAUUCUGGAUACUGAGGUUUCAUCUAGUCUAAGUCCUAUAAUGUCGAUAAAAAAUAUUUUUGGAACAAUGUAUAAAUGUGAUAUUUUGUAUGUUUUUUAUAAUAAAACGUUU